AUGUCUUUUGAAGGGGAAGAAAAAGUAUAUACUCCGAUAGAUACGGUGGUGGUCAACAUAGACGAUGCAACUAAUUAUCCGGUUGAAUUUUUAAAUUCAUUGAAGCCACCGGGUAUGCCACAUCAUAGGCUUAUUCUUCGUGUGGGCAUACCUAUUAUGUUGUUGCAAAAUUUGAAACCACCUAAACUGUGCAAUGGGAUUAGGCUUAAAGACAAAACUUUACAUCGCAAUAUAGUAGAAGCCACAAUUUUAACUGGAUGUGUAAAAGGGGAAACAGUGUUUGUACCACGAAUCCCUUUAAUUCCGAAUGAUCUUUUGUUCGAAUUAAAACGAUUCUCAAGUCUCAAGGCCAAACUCUCAAAUUUGCAGGAAUAUAUUUGCGAGAAAACUGGGCAGUUCUACGUAGCUUGCUCACGCGGUGGUUCAAAUGUGGCACUUGCACCACCAGAAUAUCAUGGAAAUUUGUAA